AUGCUCUUCAGCAGAUCCACUGUCGCACUCUUGCUUGCCACACUUACUCAUCUCUCAUUGAUCGCGGCUGAAAAUGCAGAAGACAGUGUCAAAGUAAAGGGCGGCCGCGGCGGAGGCAAGAGGCCUCCCCCACCUAAAAAGACCAAGCCGUCGCAUCAGCCGGUACCGACACACGCAGCGGGCACAGGCACCGGAUUCGGCGGCGGCAAGCAGGAUUUUGAUCCCAGGGGUCUCUUUUGCAAUGUUGACAGCGAUUGCACUGAUGCGGGCUACCCAUUCUGCCGGUGCGCCUAUGUCUUGUUCGGCAUGCAGGUUGGACAGAAUCCCGAGUUUACAUAUCUCUGUGCUAGCCACUGUGGUGCUAAUGGCUGUCUCCCCAACUGCGAGAACUGCAUGCCGUGCAAGAGGGAUUUGAGCGAUGAAACGACUCGGACUCUGGAGGCAGAGUUGUUUGAACUGGAAUACUCUUAG